AUUAAACGAAAAAUUCUCAUUUCAGGGUAAAUAAUAUACAAAAAUGGCAAAGUUAUAUAAAGCCAUGUUUAAUUCAAUGCGCUUAUAUUCUAGUAAUAUUGGAAAAGUUAAAUCUCAAAAAUAUGUCCUAACCAAAUACUUUCAAGGAGAACCUAAAAAAUCUGACUUCAAAAUAAUAGAAGAAGAACUUCCGGAGCUGCAAGAUGGUGAAAUACUGACUGAGGCUGAAUAUUUAAGCGUUGAUCCUUACAUGCGUGCUUAUAUGAUUGGUUAUAAAUUACCAACGGAUAUGAUAGGCGGACAAGUUGCUAAGAUCAUUGCAAGUCGUCACGAUAAGUUCCCUGUCGGAAAAUAUGUUGCUGGGUCAUUUGGUUGGCGGACACAUACCAUUUGCAAGCCUGAGGCUCCUCCACGGUUGGGUUUCUUGCCGCUAACAUUGUUGCCCGAUUUAAGUCCGCACUGCGUAUCUCUUGGAUUAGGAAUAUUGGGUAUGCCCGGGAAUACUUCUUACUUUGGCCUAAAGGAGAUAUGUAAGCCAAAACCUGGGGAAACUAUCGCAAUAACUGGAGCUGCUGGUGCGGUAGGGUCACAUGUGGGACAGAUAGGGAAAAUUAUGGGAUGUCGAGUUAUAGGUUUUGCUGGUACUGAUGAGAAGUGCGACUAUUUAACAAAAGAACUCGGAUUUGAUUAUGCAUUUAACUACAAGACAACCAAUAUUAAAAGUGCAUUAAGGGAAGCAGCUCCUGACAGAGUGGACUGCUAUUUUGAUAACGUUGGUGGUGAAAUCAGCUCUACUAUAAUGAGUCAUAUGAAUCAUUAUGGUCGAGUUGCUGUGUGUGGCUCCAUAUCCUCUUAUAAUGAUGCUACAUUACCUAAAGUUACUAUUCUUCAACCUGCAAUAGUUUUCAAGGAGUUAAAGGUAGAAGGAUUUUUAGUAAACAGAUGGUUCAAUCGGUGGGAAGAAGGUAUUAAUGCUAACUUGGAUUGGUUGAAAGAUGGUAAACUUAAAUAUCAAGAAAAAGUAUACCAUGGCUUUGACAAUAUGGUGGAUGCUUUAGUUGGAAUGCUUCGCGGAGAGAACACGGGCAAAGCUGUUGUCAAGGUCAAGUGAGAUAGAAAUACCUACUUAUCAAUGAAAAUAAAGAUGAUCAAUAAA